AUGGCGUUGAAAGGUGCUGUGCACGAAAAGAUCAUUAAUGACGUUGUCCGUGCGUCAAAGAAGAACGGAGAAUGGAAAGUGAUGGUGGUGGACCAGCUGAGCAUGAGAAUGCUCUCCUCCUGCUGCAAGAUGCACGAGGUCAUGUCAGAAGGAAUCACAUUGGUGGAAGACAUCAACAAGAGAAGAGAACCCUUGCCAUUGCUGGAGUGUGUGUAUCUCUUGACACCGACUGAGAAAUCUAUUAGAGCACUGAUGGCUGAUUUUCAGAAUCCAAACAACACCCAGUAUAAGGGCGCACAUGUCUUCUUCACUGAGGCUUGCCCAGAUGAACUGUUCACAGAGUUGUGCAAGUCCACAGGUGCUAAGUUUAUCAAGACCCUGAAAGAGAUUAACAUAGCAUUCCUACCCUAUGAGAGACAGGUUUAUUCCAUGGACUCCCCGGGACACUUUCCAGUUUUACUAUAACCCGACUAAGACCAUAGGGCGAACUCUAACCUGGAGAGGUGUGCUGAGCAGAUCGCUACCCUGUGUGCUACAUUGGGGGAGUACCCAUCUGUCAGAUACAGGAAUGACUUUGACAAGAACGCAGAGUUUGCCCAGAUGGUUCAGCAGAAGUUGGAUGCCUACAGAGCUGAUGAUCACACCAUGGGAGAUGGCCCUCAGAAGGACAGAUCCCAGCUGAUUAUCCUGGAUCGAGGCUUUGACCCCAUUUCUCCCCUUCUACACGAGCUCACGCUUCAGGCCAUGGCCUACGAUCUCCUCCCCAUUGAGAAUGACGUCUACAAGUAUGAGAAUGCUUCCGGAAACGAUGUGACAGAGAAAGAAGUGCUGUUAGAUGAGAAUGAUGAAUUAUGGACAGAGCUGCGUCAUCAACACAUUGCCGUUGUCUCACAACAGGUGACAAAGAAGUUGAAGCAGUUUGCAGAGGAGAAGCGGAUGAGCGGAGGCACAGGGGAGAAGGCAAACAUCCGUGACUUAUCGCAGAUGCUGAAGAAAAUGCCCCAGUAUCAGAAGGAGCUAAGCAAGUACUCCACCCACUUACACCUGGCAGAGGACUGUAUGAAGCAGUACCAGAAUCACGUAGACAAGCUCUGCAAGGUGGAACAGGACCUGGCCAUGGGUACUGAUGUGAAUGGAGAGAAGAUUCGAGACCUGAUGAGGAAUAUUGUGCCCAUUCUGCUGGACCAGAACAUAACAGCCUACGACAAGAUCAGGAUUAUUCUGCUCUACAUCAUACACAAUGGGGGAAUCUCGGAGGAGAACUUGGCUAAGCUUGUUCAACACGCACAGAUCCCACCACAGGAGAGGUUCAUCAUCAACAACAUGCAGAACCUAGGGGUACCCAUUAUACAGGAUGAAAUGAGAACAACGCGUAGUUCCUUUAAGAUUUUGCAAGACUGCUCUAGUUACGGAACGUUUGGCUCCGAAAUCCUUCAGGGUGGUCGCAGGAAGACAAACCAGCCAUACCAGCCAUUUAAUCGCAAAGAGCGUGUGUCUGAGCACACCUAUCAGAUGUCGAGGUGGACUCCAUACAUAAAGGAUAUCCUGGAGGAUGUGGUUGAAGAGAAAUUGGACCAAAAACACUUCCCAUUCUACUCUGGUGGCGCUACCCGAUCUGUGUACAGAGCACCACCUGUCAGUGUGCGUUACGGUAACUGGCACAAGGAGAAGGGGCAGGCGAGUUACAAGUCCGGCCCCCGUGUGAUCAUAUUCAUCAUUGGGGGUAUGUCCUACUCGGAAAUGAGGUGUGCUUAUGAGGUGACCCAGGCGGUCAGAAACUGGGAGGUUCUCAUCGGUUCUACCCAUAUCUUGACACCAGAGGGCCUCCUGAGUGACCUUCGUGACCUCAGCAGUUGAAAGGUCAUGGUGACAUGUCAGAGGUCAAAGGUUGCCUCAAUUCUCAGCUACAUUUUCCCUUAGUCUUUUGGGUUGUAGCUCUGUCUUGUGCUUUUUUUGUCACAGUUCUAAGUCACUAUGAAUUACAUGAUAUAAAGGUGACCUUAUUGUGCAAGAAUUCAAGAACCACAUCAGCUGUUGGCAAAGUUUUAAGGUCAUUUUGUAUUGAAAUGUCACAGCAAGAAUGCUUAAUAACCUUUGGAGUUGAUAGAAAGACGUAUAUUACAUACACUUACACAUAUUUGUGGUGUCUUAGAAGUUUGGAAUAUUUGAUGUUCCUGGCUUUAUAGUUGUGCCUGUGUCUGGAAUGAAAGCGCUGUUGUUGUUUCUGCUGUUGUUAGUGUCUACUAUAAAGUCCCACUCUUAAAACCCAAAGGAAAAAAUCUCCCCCAGCUGCCACAGACAUUAUAUUGUGGCAUGUCAUCAUGGCUCUUUGUGUUUAAACGUAUGAACACUUACACAGUGGGUUUUAUUUCGGAAUCACCUACAUUGGAGGAUGUACGUAGCUGUUUUCUGAUAGGUUAUUAAAAGUCUGUUAAUUUAUAACAGUGUAUGUUUGGUGAUGUUCAUGAUAUUGUUGAGAUUAUGUGAAAAAAGAAAAAACACAAUUGCUUGGCAGUACAUUAAGAUUAAAUUGUUAAUUUUUAGGAAAAAACUGUAGGACUUUUAUGUAUAUUAAGGGGAUUUGUCAUGGUUUGAAACAAAAUAACGUUUUAGUUGCAGGGUAGCUGGGAUGGUUGAGCUGUUCAUUUACAACAUGUAAAGUGUUAAACUAUUCAGAUAUUAAUCACAAUUUCUCCAUUAUCAAUGUAUACCAAGCAGGACACAGGUUCUUACAAAGUAAAAGUUUUGUGUAAAUGUUUCUUGAUGAAUGUUUAUGACCAAAGUUGCAGCUGGUGUUGAAGUGGAUAAUGUCGUUGGCAGAGAACAGUUCUCUUCAAGAUUUGGCCAAUGUUUUUUUUUUAGGAGUAAUGUUAUCACUAAAAUGAAGGGGAACAUCUUUGACUGUCUCAGUGGUGAGUAGGGUCUUGGUCUUCAUGAAACAUAAUUUAUAAUAUAUUACUAGUACUUUGCUUUGCAGUACUCUAUGAUGUUUUCUUCCAAAAAGAAAUCUGAAGGCUUGAUAUGUACUGUUGGUCAUUUAAUAUUUAAGGAGUUGAUGAUAUUGAAGGAGGUCACUAAGGAUUUAGGAGGUUUGGCUGACAGUUAAACAUGAAUGUCCAUGGAUUAGUGGUUUGUCUUUGUCAGAUGUAUUGGUGAGUGUGAUUGGUUGAUUGUGAUAGGUGGCACUUGUAGGUGAUUGGUCAAUUUGGACCAUGUAGAAGGCAAUUGAUUGGUCAGAAAUUAGGAAUGGUGAUUGGUCAGAAAUGUGUACCUAAUUUGCCAUGCUCAUCAACAUCCUGUGAUGCUGCACAAAAGUUUUAACUUCACUUACAAUCUCUUCCUAGUUAAAAAUUUUCUCUGCACAAAAUUUUUGAAGAACAUGUAGUGUCUGCACAUAGAUAGAGGUAACAUUUUACCUGGGAUAUUGGUGAGUUUUCUCAAGAAACAUUAAUGUAGCUGUCAAAAAUGAAAAAAGAAGAAAACACAAAAAAACAACUCCUGAACAAGUGCACCAACAAAGUGAAUCUUGAAAAAUUUGACUAGAGUGCCCAAUGGCAAAACGCCUAUUUUUUUGUGGGAAAAGUAUGUCUGAUAUAGAAUUAGAAACAUUGCAUUGUUUGUGAAUACUCGAAGCAAGGCAGUAUAAAAAUUGUGAAAAUGUUCCAGUGGUACAGUAAUGGUUUACAAGAAACCUCCCGAGAGUUAAAGGUUCACGGUUUCAUUUCCAUUCAUUCUUGAUGAAGGAUGUGUUGGCUGAUUUGUAUACAUACUUAUAGGUAAAGUUUGACAUUAUUAAUCAAGUAUCAGAGGCGUGCAUCAUAAACCUGAAGGUCAUAGUGCAGUAAAAAAAUGUAUGCAUAUACAAUAAUUGUUUUCCCGUCUUUUUAAUUUUUUUUUAUUAUAGUAUCUGUGUCACCAUGACACUGACCUUUAAUAUAAGGAGAAUGAUGGAAAGAUGGUUCUUGAUAUGUUAAGUCCAGAGUUCUCUACACAUUGUAUUACAUGAAUUUCAGUUUUAUUCAGCUUGAAUAUUUAUGAGGUCCAAAUGUGCUGAAAGUUCAUUGCAGAUAUCUUCAAGGAAUAUAUACAGAUGAAAUCACCAGAGUAAUUGUGUGAAAUGCGGUCUCUGAACAUUUUUGUUCUGUAAAAUUAUGUGAUCCAUUCAAAAUACUCCAUCUGUAAUUCACUUUCGUUCCCCACUAGCGCUUUAUAUCUUUUUUGGACUUCAGAAUAUUCCGUUUUGGAAAUUGUAUGAAAGUUAAAAUUCGUGAGAUUAGGUGUGGAAAAAUUUUGUGGUGUCUUUAGCUUUUGAGAUCUAUAAAUUCGGUACUUAAACAACACUGAAGUUUGUGGUAAGGAGAGUCAGUUUUGAAGUGCAAUAAAUUUUUUUUAACCUGUUGUAUCUCGACAGCAGGCUGUAUAUAUUACAUAGGCAUAAUGCUAUUGACUUAAUUAGGUAUACAUUAGCAU